CAUUGUUCCAAUUCCACGUCGUCAUCGUACGAUUGAUCGUUGAUCUCUGUUGAACAUAGGAGAUUAAAAUUAAUCAACAAAUAAAGACGAAGCAGUCGGAGAAUCGAGACUGCCGUGCGAUUAUUAAUUCUCGCCAAAAAACCUAUAUAGAUCAGAAGGUGAACGAUGGUGAUAAAAAAAAUCUGCUGCAUGGGAGCUGGUUACGUAGGCGGUCCCACCUGUAGCGUGAUCGCCCUGAAAUGUCCGGACAUAAUAGUGACGGUCGUCGACAAAAGCAAGGAGAGAAUAGCGCAGUGGAAUUCGGAAAAGUUGCCAAUUUACGAACCGGGACUUGACGAAGUGGUGGCGAAAUGUCGCGGCACGAACUUGUUCUUUUCAACCGAUAUAGAAACCGCUAUCAUGGAAGCUGAUUUGAUUUUCAUUUCCGUCAACACACCGACGAAAACGUUCGGCAACGGCAGAGGGAGAGCCGCAGAUUUGAAGUACGUCGAAAGUGCGGCGAGAAUGAUCGCUGAAAUUGCGACUGGUGACAAAAUCGUCGUUGAAAAAAGUACGGUUCCGGUACGAGCGGCUGAAAGUAUUUUGAAUAUUCUCACCGCGAAUCACAGACCCGGAGUUUCUUAUCAGAUUCUGUCGAAUCCCGAAUUUCUCGCUGAGGGGACGGCCAUCGACGAUCUGGUUAACGCCGAUCGGGUCCUGAUCGGCGGCGAGGACACCGUUCAGGGUCACGCGGCCGUCGAGGAACUCUGCAAGGUCUACGAACGUUGGAUACCCAGAGCCAACAUCUUGACGACCAACACUUGGAGCUCGGAGCUAUCGAAAUUGGCUGCUAACGCGUUUCUGGCGCAACGGAUAUCCAGCAUAAAUUCGUUAUCGGCAGUCUGCGAGGCAACCGGUGCCGACGUAUCCGAAGUAGCGCGGGCGGUUGGCUGGGAUUCUCGGAUAGGAUCGAAAUUCCUUCAGGCUUCGGUGGGAUUCGGGGGUUCCUGUUUUCAAAAAGACAUUCUGAAUCUCGUUUACAUUUGCGAGUGCCUGAAUCUCCCGGAGGUCGCGGCUUACUGGCAGCAGGUCAUCGACAUGAACGAGUACCAGAAAUCGCGAUUUUCCGCCAAGGUUAUCGAGUCUCUGUUCAACACGGUGACCGACAAACAGAUCGCCAUGCUCGGAUUCGCCUUCAAAAAGAACACCGGCGAUACGAGGGAAUCCCCCGCAAUCCACGUCGCCAAAACGCUGCUGGACGAGGGUGCGAAACUCCACAUCUACGAUCCGAAGGUGGAAGAGAGCCAAAUAAUGCAUGAUCUCACGCAUCCAAGCGUCACCGACGACCCUGAGAACGUCAAAAGGCACGUGGAAAUUUACGAGGACGCUUAUUCGGCAACGGAAGGAACCCACGCUAUCGUCCUCUGCACCGAGUGGGACGAAUUCAUGGCUCUGGACUACAAGAGAAUCUACGCGGGAAUGAUGAAACCUGCCUACAUAUUCGAUGGAAGAAAAAUUCUGGCUCACGAAGCGCUGCAGAAAAUUGGUUUCAUCGUACAGACGAUCGGUAGAAAAUUGUCGAGGACUGCGGUGUCGAGAUCCUGGGCUAGUCAGAGCCAGACGUAGUCUUGGGUGUGUGAAAUUUGUUUGUUUUUUUUCGAUCGAAACGCGGCUAUUAAUUCCUGGUAAUUUGAUCGUACUAUUUUGACAAUUGGAAAAAUUAUGGAUCGAAGUAUUACGCGACUAUACAGACGACGAAACUUAUGAAACCGUGGAGAAAAACUUACGUCGAAUGUGUAUCGUUUCCAUUGGGUUCCCCCCUUUACCUUUUAAUUUCUAAUUUAACGAAGCGGAAGUGCGGAGUGUAAAAAGAAAAUCGCACCUAUCCGCGAAUAGAGGCAUUUAUACGAUUAAGAAUUAGGGGACGAAAGCAAUAAUAGGAUAAGCGAUGACAUUCUUAAAAUUUCAAACGAUAUCGCAUUGAAAUGCAUCUUUGAUAUAUAUAAGACGAUAUUUCAUGGAAAUAAGUCCAACUAUAAAUCGAUAGCUAGGAAAUCCUUAAUUAUUUAACGGGUAAGACGAUCCCAAAAUUUUGGGUGCUGGAAGGUGGCCACAUUCCAACUAUACGCCCAACUUCUGAUAAUCGGAUUUUUAUUCCACCUGAUGUUUAUACGCCUACGAUAUGAUAUUAAAAUAAAAUUAAAUAUACACAUA